GAACAUAUGUCAGAUAUGAAUUUGAAUGUCUUCCUGGCUACAUGAAGGGUCUAGCGACAUGGGAGGUUAAAUUCUCCAACCACAUUUGAAAUGCCACUGGAGGUUUUGGGCCAUGAAUUGCAGUUUACUCAGGAUCCCAAUUCAAAGCACUUAGGAACAAAAGUGUGGGAUUCAUCACUUGUUUUUGCCAAAUUUCUUGAACGGAAUUGCAGAAAGGGAAGGUUUUCUCCAGCUAAACUUAAAGGAAAACGUGUAAUUGAACUUGGAGCUGGCUAUGGUGUUUCUGGUUUUGGUAAUGUUACAAAUGAUUUUUAAUGUUUGGUUAGCCUAUUAAUUAACUCGUCCUAUAUGGACUCCCUUAUUGAAAAUGUUAUGUAAGUAACUAAUAAGUUUUUAAUCAGCUGCAAUAAUUACAAUAAAAACUAAGAGAAA